AUGUACAAAGGGUGGACUUGGGAGAACCUGCGGAAGGCUAACUGGGAAAUCUGCAAUUAUAUGAAGCGACCUGUUGGAUUAUCACAAGCACUCAGCAAAGGGCAGCAAAUGUUUUGUCCCAACUGCAGUAAAGAGUUUCCUACAAUCGAGGCCAUUACCCUGCACUUGAAUUCUCAGUCUACCUGUUGGCCACACGAGGAACGUCCGCAUCAAUUCCCUGUUCCCCCUGGGUUGCGAGGUUCCCAAUCGUCAAAACCUUCUGCCACUACUGGUUAUUGUCAUCCGCACUCGGGAUAUGUCUUUGGUGUUGGCAAGAACCUGUUUGACAGGCUGCAAGACGAUCAGUAUAAUUAUCGGCGAGAAAUAAAUACGUAUUACCCUUUCCAUGAUGAAGGAGAAUGGGAGUUGGCGAAGUUCUUGGUUGAAAACUUAACUCAAGCUCAGAUUGACAAGUUUUUAAAGUUAAAAUGGUUUCACACUCGCCCAAAACCAUCCUUCACCUCCAAGGAGCAACUUCUAGAUUGGACCGAUGCACUACCCUCCUUUGUGCCAUGGAAAGUUUCGAACCUAGAGUUUACGGGCUACAAGACGACUUAUCCCGUGCAACUUAUUUGGCGCGAUGCUCUAGAGGUUGUCAAACAACUUUUCAGCGAUCCGGUUUUCGCCAAUCACAUUACCUUCCAGCCACACGUAGUCAAUACAGGAAGUCAACGUGAGUAUGGAGAUUAUAUGAGUGCCGAUAUGGCAUGGAAAAUCCAGGACUAUCUGCCAGUAGGUGCUACGCAAGUACCUAUCAUCCUGGGAUCCGAUAAGACUCCUGUCACGCGGAUUACUGGAGGGCUCGAGAUGCACCCACUUUUCAUCACCAUCGGUAACAUUGAUUCAGAGGUUCGCUCCAAGGCCACCCUGCGAGCUUGGCGCUGUAUCGCCUACAUGCCUGUUAGCAAGUUUCGCGUGCAUUCCGACUAUCAGACCAUUCUUCAGGCGCGGCUAUGGCAUAAGUGCGUUGAUCUCAUCUGCGCCAACCUGAAGGUUGCAGCCUCCAUGAUCGCUGCAGUCAGCAAGAAUGUCUCUCCAAUCACUAUGGCGACACAAGACAAAUUCGGUGACGGAAUUCUCUAUCCUCCUCGCACUGGGAAGCACACACUACAACUUAUACACGAGAUCGCCAAAGAGAUUGAUCCUUGGGAUCUCGACAAAUUUCAGAAGGCAGCAAAAGCUGCCCAUCUGUCUGGGGUCCACAUGCCAUAUUGGCUUGAUUGGUCGUUUUCGUGUCCAUCCGUCUUUCUCCCUGGCGAAGUUUUACAUACCCUUCAUAAGUUUUUUGCAGAUCAUCCACUCAAAUGGAUCAAGGAGAUAGUAGGAAAAACCGAGCUCGACACCCGCUUCAUCACUCAGCACAAACGGGUAGGGACGCACCACUUUACUAAAGGCAUUACGCACGUCAACCAAAUGACUGGGCGUGAGCAUCGUGAUAUUCAACGCACCAUUGUUGCUUCAAUCUCAGGCGCUGCUCCACCUAGAUUCGUUCGCGCAAUCCGCGCUCUCAUAGACUUUUUCUAUUAUGCUCAAAAUUCAGUCCAUUCUCCCGAAUCCUUACAGUCGAUGGUGCAGGCACUCUCCGAUUUUCAUGCAUUCAAGGAUGCUAUCAUCGAGGCCGAGGCGAGGAGGGGGAAGAAGGGCGCCAAAGAAGACUUUUUCAUCCCCAAGCUCGAGUUACUCCAAAGCUUCAGAGGCACGAUUGAGAGACUGGGUACUUUGAUGCAGUUUUCAGCCGACAUGACGGAGCGCUUGCUCAUCACUCACUGCAAGGAUCUCUUUGCCCGAACAAGUCGACGAGUGAAUGAUUUCACGGAGCAGUGCAUACGGAUUCUCAAUCGGCAGGAGUCAAUGGAAUUGUUCAAUCUGUACGCACUAAUCACUUCCCAUGGCGCAUCGCUCGUCAACGCCAUAAACCUUGAAGAUGAGGAAGUGACGACCGUCAACCCAGCACUCUCCUGGAUUUCUCGUAUACUCCCUGAUGAAGCAUAUUCUGUCCAUGGACCUCGACGAGUCCGUAAUCAUUUUCACAAGGGCAUUCUUUCUGGAGAUGCUCUCACUGCCUUCCAUUUAACUUCAACACCAGAUCUCAAGUCCCUGUCGCCCGUCGAUAUUCUCACCAAAUAUGCACUCAUUGAUUUUGAUCACGCAGUCUCCCAGUUCAUCCAGCAUUCCUCCCUCUCCAGUGGCGAGAAUACUCGCUGGGAUCACAGACAUGGACGCUUUUACGCGUGGAACAAAUUUCGAUUGCAACUUCACUCUGCCUUCCAACCUCGAGUGAUCAUGCCAAGCAGAGUGAUCCAAUCAUACCCUCCCAGCGACCUAUUUCCCCUCGGGAACUGCGAUACCGUCCUUGUCGAUUUUACGAGUGAUGAUGGCCAAAUUACAAGUCGCGUCGCCCAAGUUCGACUUAUUUUUCAGCCCAAGGUUCCACGUGCUUCCAACCUGGUUCUUCCAACAUAUCUUUCCAGUCCGCUCCUCUACAUACAAUAUUUUGACUUCAUCGCCAAUCCCAACGACCGUCCCGAACUCGUGAUGUGGACAGUAGAGCGGUCAUAUGUGGUGGACCAACAUGGCAAACGCUAUAGGCGUGGUGGUGUGGUGUUGUUGACGGAUGUUACACAUGCUGUCGAACUGAUACCAGAAUACGGUGAGAAGGUCAACAAGGACAUUUCUGCGACGACGUGUUUGGAGUCCUAUGACCGGUUUUUUUUGAAUAACUUUGCAGAUAAAGAAAGUUAUCAUACAUUUAGUACAGAGUUCGCGUAG